GAAAAAAGUCGUGCUGCGCUGCUUGCUACUGCGAAAGUGUGUUGGCUUCGCUGCUGCAACUUGUUUACCUUCUCACAAUACUGCAGCGUUUAUUUUUUCUCCUUUUCGAUCCGAGUUGGAAGAGGUCGGCUGAAUUUCAUCUAAAAAACCGAGAUUCUUCAGUUGCUGGACAGGAAGAACGUUUAAAAACGUGGAACGCACAUUAGCCUGCGUUAAAAGUUGGAAACAUGCCGAGGCACAAUAAUUUCAAUAAGGGCAGAAACUGGAAUCGCCAGCCAGAUUUUAAAGGACAGCAGUUCAAGUCGGACUAUAAUGAACACGACAAUCGCCAGAGCCAAGGGAAUGGCGAUUUCAGCAACAGAAGAGUUUCCUUCAAAAAGGGCAAUCGCAUCGGAAAGCAUGGCAGGAAAGACUUUAUCAAGAACAAGCCACACUUUCUUCUGGAGGAGGACUUUCCAAUGUCUGGCGAGGGCCCCAGCAACAGAAGCAAUCAGAUGAGAGGCUUCAGACACGGAAAGGGAGGCAAUCGAAAUUACCAACCACCUGGCCACGGCUAUCUUUCAGAUCAAACAGGCUGGUUUAAAGCUCUUAUCCCAAAUGGAGCAGAUUACGACAAACAGAUUCUCUUGGGAAGUUUGAAAUCAUUUGUCGCCCCAGUGGAACUCAUACCCAUUUACUACCAAAUCGAGGAUCACGACUCGUUUUUCUACAUAGAUAGCAUUAAGUCUGCCGAGGCGAUUUUGAAAGCAGACAAGCAGAUAACUCUGAAUGGAGACAAAAGGAUUAACAUCAAAGUGACGUCGAUAAUGCCAAGAGCAGCACUUACAGACCGGUUGAAGGAGAAAAUCAAAAUGGUCAUGGUGUCGAGGUACAACACCAGCACAAAAGCCCUCGACCUUUCGAGGUUUCACAUAGACCCAGAACUAGUGGAGGAUUCUUGCUGUGCUGUGUCCCGUCCUCCAGUGAUGACAGUGAUCCUGGAUGUUAUAGCAGAGCACAUACCUACGCUGCAGGCCUUGAAUUUUGACCACAACUCGUUAAGUGUGACCGAGACUCUCAGUAGUUUAGCGAGAAAAGCGCCAAACCUCCAAAUUCUCUACCUUGGGAAUAACAAAUUUCACCAUCUUAAUGCGUUGAAUGUCAUCAAGGGACUACCACUUAUUGAACUGAAGCUGGAAGGCAACCCGCUGUGCAAGAGAUUCAAAUCAAAGGCUGAGUACGAAAGUGCCGUGCAGAAGAUGUUCCCGAAAGUUACCAAACUGGAUGGUGCUGAACUGACCCCAGCAAUUAGCUUCGAGCUAGAGGAACGAAAAGUGAAGCUCCCGGAUUGGCAUAGCAGUUUUCUGUGCUCCGAAGAAGGAAGAGAUCUUGUCACACAAUUUGUCCAGCAGUACUUUUCGCUGUACGACAGCACUGACAGGAACAUGAGACAGUCCCUUGCUGACGCAUAUCACGACUCUGCGGUUUUCUCACUCAGUGCUGCGUACAAUAGCCCUCCGGGACAGCAUAAUAUUAACAGGCUAAACGACUAUUUGUCGGUUGCUCGCAACCUCAAGAGAAACAACGAUCCUGAGAGAAGAGAAUUGCUGAUCAAGAAAGGAAAAAUGGUCAUUGCCAGCUUUUUGACCGAGCUGCCAUGCACACUUCACGACCCCUCUUCAUUCACCUUGGACCUCUCUAUAUACUCGCCGCACAUGAUCAUCUUCACGCUGACAGGGGUGUUCAAAGAGCCCGAAACAAAAGGCACACCUCACCGCCACUUUUUCCGCAAAUUUGUGCUCAUUCCUGUUGGUAGUGGGUUUGCUCUUGUCAACGAUGUGCUUUUUGUGACAAACGCAACAUCUGAUCAAGCUAAAAAGAGCUUCCAGACUCCUGUUGCACCCCCAGUAGCUGGACCAAGUCCUGUGUCGGUAGCCGCAGCCCCAAACCAGUUGGAACUCAUUCAGAGCUUGUCUGUGCAGACGGGGAUGAACGCAGAGUGGUCUAGAAAGUGCCUUGAAGAGACGGUUUGGGAUUUGCAGCGGUCGUUGGCAGCAUUCACUAAGCUCAACCAAGAUGGCAAAAUCCCUCCAGAAGCAUUUGUUAAGAUAACUUAGAUGAAUAAUGUGCUUUUGUGUGAAAGGAAGUGUCUUUGUGGAAUACCUUUUUAUUUUGAAAACUGAAAUAAUUUCAAGUGUUUUGAUGCAAACGUAUUGGAGAAAAAUGUAGAAAUAUGAGCUAAUAUUUUACACUCUAAUUGUACUUUUCA